ACAGAAGAUAUAUGGGCAGGCCUUUACCACCCUGAUAGGACCUAUAAAACAGCGUUGAUACAGAAGAUAUAUGGGCAGACCUUGGAAGAAGAUGGUUAUGUCGAUGGAGCUGGCGAGCACUACAAGCAAGGCAUGUGGGAAGAAACGGAAGAAGAUGGUCUGGACUAUGUUGCCUCCUUCUCGUCCUCCUCGUCUGGCGAUGGAGCAGGCGAGCACUACAAGCAAGGCAUGUGGAAAGAAGAAGUGGGUCAGCAAGCAUCUUUGGAUGCGGAUAGAUAGCCUAGGGCAAUCAGAAACUAUCGAGUGCGAUAAGAGCGUCAUCAUCAAGCGCUUUUCCAUUCCCGCCAGGGAUUUAGGGCUUCUGGGGCCAAUCUUCUAUCAUCCUUCCGGCAUUAUUGCUAGAGAAAAAUGUAUGAUCCUUAGUUUGGAAUUUAUAAGAGCAUUAGUCUCAGCAGAAGAAGUAAUGUUACUCGAUCCUCUUCAACAAGAGGUUCUGGUAUUUGUGGAUCAGCUAACGCGGCAUUUAUCUUCUAAGAAUCGACAACAUCCAGAAGCUUCUGAAGAUGAACUACUACUGCCUUUUGAGUUCCAGGUGUUGGAAAUAGCAUUAAAGGUUACAUACGGAUAUUUAGAAUCUAGUGUCUCUCAAGUUGAGAGGAAUGUUUACCCUGCUUUAGAUGAAGUAACCAAAAGUGUUAGCACCAAGAAUCUUGAGUAUAUGCGGACUUUCAAAAGCAAUCUCACUCGUUUGCUUGCACGGGUGCAUAAGGUGAGGGAUGAAAUCGAACAUCUUUUAGACGACAAUGGAGAUAUGGCCCAACUACACCUAACUCGGAACUGGAUACAGACUCAACAAUGGAGAUAUGCAUCAAAUGACAUUGUUCCUGCUGCACUCUGCCGACCCAGAAGUGGCAACAAUUAUGAGGAUGUACAGGACCUAGAAAUCUUGCUUGAAGACUACUUCAUGCUAUUUGAAAGCACCCGCAGUAAAAUUCUCUCUUUACGAGAACAUAUCGGUGACACAGAAGAUUAUGUAACUAUCCAACUUAACGGUCGACGCAACGAAAUGAUGCAGCUGAAGUUGAUAUUUCUGAUUGCCUCCUUUGCCAUUGCAGUAGAAACUGGUAUAGCUGGGAUGUAUGGCAUGAAUAUUAAAAUCAAGCUUUACGACACCAAAGGGGUAUUCUGGCAAGUUGUUGGGCUUAUGACGGUUGCGUGUCUGCUGCUAUUCUUUGUAGUUUUGGGAUACGCCCGUUGGAAGAGACUUCUUGGGUCUUAACAAGAGGUUGACAGCAACAAUUUAAGCCUCAAUGGAGGAUGACAGAAACAACAUAUAUUCACAGAUCUUAUCAAACAAAUCGAUAAGUUGAUAAUCAUUUUGAAUGUAGUCCAAAGAGAAAGAGAAAAUGGUACUCACUUAUCCUUUCACUUUUGAA